AUGCGUGUAUCUCCAGCAGCAGAAAAUGUGUUUCACGACACUUCGUCACACUCUACUGUUGACCAAAAACAUGAUACUUUUAAAAAUGGCCUUAAUUUAAAUGAAAAUAAUGAAAACGACACUGUAGUUGACGACGCAGGAUCUGAUGAAACAGAAUACAAUUCAGCUGAAGAAUCCCCGUUGGACAUUAUUGAUAAUGAAAACGAAAAGGAUGAUUCCAUGAACGAUAAUACGCUUUUUCCGGCAAAAAAUAAGGAUUCAGAAAGUCUCGACGACAAUAGUGAAUCGAAUGGGACCGAGUCAAAUCGAUUGGAGUCAACAGAACCCGACCACAGCGUCAGGGACGAAGUAGAAAGCUCAAAAGAAGAACAAGAAGCAGAACCCGUAAAACGUGGACGUGGACGUCCACGAAAAUACCCCACUAGUAACCCCAAGGACACUGGUCUCGUCGUCAAAAGAAAAAGAGGCAGGCCACGAAAAGCUCCAGAAGAUUCAGCAAAUAACGAAGCUGCUCAUAGAAAACGCGGUCGUGGAAGGCCUCCAUUGAAAAAGGCAACCGAGUUGUGGACGACUGUAAAUGAAAGAAGUUCAGAAGAUAAGUCAAUUCAUGAUGGCACUCCUGAAUUUAAUACUGAUGGAGGUGGGUCUGACUCAACCGUUGAUUUAAACAUGUUUUCUCCAGAAAAAAAACAAGACCGUCGUCCUUUUGACAAACACGAAGAAGAUGAUUCUUCCUUUUCAGUUACAGGUACAAGAAAAAGUGAAAGAGCAUCCAGGAAACGACCACUUGUUGAAAUCUUUAACCGACCAAAGGAUGAGCAGCCCAAGCGUGGCCGUGGCAGGCCACGAAAAGUACAACCCAUGGGUCGUGUUUCUGACGAUUCUAGUGAAGAUGAUGAUGAUACCGAGGACGAUGAAACUGAAGAAGACCUAACGUUUGGAGAAAAUCCCGAGAAUUCACCGAUAAACAUACAAGAAUGGUCAACUAAGGGCUCAGUUCAACCAAAUACCGAUGACAUUAAUAUCAUUCAUUCCGAUUUUCCUCACAAGCAGGAGACCUCGCGUGUAUCUCCUACGGUAUACUUCAACGCUCAAGCCGCUCAGCCCUCUACACCCUCUUCUCCGUCCUCAUCUUCUACUUCUUCUCCUCCUCCUACUCCUUCAUUUAAAACACCAAACCCUCCCAUGGAUAUAUUACUGCCUUCGAGGAAUCAAAUUUCAGUUCCCGAGAGCCCAUUGAUGUAUAGCUUACCUAAAAAGGCAAGCUUUCAACUAACCGUAGUUUCUCCAAGAAAACCGAAACCCGUUUCAACUCACAAAGAAACUACCAAUAGUCUCAUAUCUGAGUUAGGACUUGAUAAAGUAAAUACUGAGUUACGAACAAUAAAGACAGCUGUUACUAGACGAUUUACAGGGAAAGCAAGCAUUCCGCUUAUAGGACAUGAAGAAGAAAAAUCUAAACUUUAUCGGUGGAUGCAACAAACUGUUGUACUAGGUGAAGGAAACUCUGUAAUUGUUGUCGGUCCAAGAAGUUCUGGAAAGUUAUUGUUGGUUGAAAGCGUCCUUCAAAAAGCUAAAGCUGAAAUACCCGAAUCUUUUUACACAGUGCGACUUAACGGAACUUAUUUGCAUGAUGACAAAGUAGCUCUUAGAGAAAUUUCACGCCAAUUAUCGGUUGAAUUAGAAUCUUUGGAUUCUGAAGAUGCCAUUCGCUCUGAAACUAGUUUCGCAGAUACUCUGACGAGACUCUUGGCCACUCUUUCACACCCUGCAGAUUUGGGAAUUACGAAGGAUGGGUUUACGACUUCUGCAUCUGUUGUAUUUAUUUUAGAAGAGUUCGAUCUAUUUGUGCAGCAUCCACGGCAAAUGUUAUUAUACAAUCUGUUUGAUAUUGCCCAGUCAAGGAAGGCACCGAUCUUAGUGGUAGGUUUGACUACUCGGUAUGAUUGUUUCGAGUCACUCGAGAAGCGAGUAAAAAGUCGAUUUAGUCACAUGGUUAUUCAUACACCUCCCCCUUCCUCCUUACGGGAAUUUUUGAGCAUAUAUCGAAGCGUUCUUACUAUUACGGAUAAAGAGUCUGUUUCGAAAGUAAAACAUGAAUGGAACAACAGGGUGAACAACUUAUUAGCUGAUUCUUCGAGUAAUAUGCACAAAUUAGUACUAUAUCAUUAUUAUUCAAGCAGAAAUUUGCGAAUGCUGUACGUCGAUUCCUUAAUUCCUGUUACGUCUAGAUCCCCAUCUCAGCCACUUCUGGAUGAUGGUGAUUUCCAGAGGUUCAACUUGAGAGUAUCUGACCAUAAAGUUGAGCUUGUUAAAAACUUGAGUCUGCUAGAACUGGCACUCUUGAUAUGUACCAUCAGGUUUGAAAACAGAGAUAUUCCAGCCUGCAAUUUUAAUAGUGUUUACCAGGAAUAUCGCCAUCUCCAUCAACGUACGGUAUUAGACGCAGUGGCUUCAGGUGCGCUUGCACAUAGCUUUCGCCUUUGGGGAAAGGACGUUGCUUUAGAAGCAUGGGAAAAACUGGCUUCGGUGGGAUUAAUAGUUCCUUUGCAGCCAAAUUUCGAAAUUAGCGGUGCAUUAUCAAGGGAAUGUCAACUGUGGCAGCCAGAGGUUGAUCUUUCUGUCAUCACUGCUGCGUUACGCGAACAUAAAAGGUUACCUUCUCAUUAUUACCGUUGGCUAAAGGAUAUAGCCUAA